AAAAGGAGGAAUCGUGAUGGUCCCCUUCGAACAGCCCGGAAGAUGAUUUCCUUUUAACUUUUUUGUUUUCCAUGUAGUGUCAAGAGUCUGACUAUAAACUUAUUUGAUCAUAGUCUUUUGAAGAAAUCAUUUUUUUUCUAAUAAAUUUAAAUUUAAAAUAUUUUUUUCUAAUAAACUUGAACUCGAGAUAUUUGAUUAAUAAGCGAUUUUGAUACUCAUAUUUCUUUUUCAUUAUUGUGAGAAUGACGUCAAAAGUACAUUCAGUUCAUAUUUAUCCCAUACCCAAAUCUUCAUUAUAAAUACUAAGAGAGAUCUAUAAAAAAGUAAAUCACAAAAAAUAAAACUGUGAAAAUGUUUCAAAGUUUUGUAUUUGUGGAGGAAUCUUCAAUUAUCACAGCAAUAACUGUGAUAACUUUUUUGUUUUUAGCUUAUUUGGGUGUUUCUGAAAUUGCUGGAAAACAUCUUCAAUACUCCAAAUUUUGGAAUGUUAAUGCAAAUUCUGGUUCAUCUAGUAGUAAUUUUCUGCAGGGGAAAAUGUCUAGUAAAUUAGGGAUGUUUAUAUUGUAUGCACCAGCUUGUUUUAUGGGUUUUGCUUCAUUUUUUAUGUACCCAGAUGGUGGAACUAGGUUUAUGUUGCUUCAAUCUGCUGUUACUAUACAUUUCUUCAAAAGGGUUCUUGAGGUUCUGUUUGUUCACAACUACAGUGGUGGGAUGAUUCUUGGAUCAGUACUCCUUAUUUCAUCCUCCUAUUUUAUGGUUGCUGCAGCCAUGAUCUGCAUCCAACACUUAUCUCUACAAUAUACGGAGCCUGAAAUCGAUCUGAAGUCUAUCGGUGUACUGAUAUUCUUAGUUGGAAUCAUUGGCAACUUUUAUCAUCAUUACCUCCUUUCCAAGCUCAGAGGCAGUAAAGAGAAAGGCUAUAAAAUUCCGCAAGGCGGUCUUUUCAGUAUGGUGAUAUGCCCUCAUUAUCUUUUCGAGAUUCUUGGCUUCGUAGGGAUCUCGUUCAUCUCCCAGACAUCGUUUUCGUUUGGCUGUGCUGUGGGUGUAGCUUUAUAUCUAUCAGCAAGGAGUAAUGUUACUAGGAAAUGGUACCUUUCUAAAUUUGAAAAUUUUCCUAAGAAUGUUAAAGCUUUGGUUCCUUUUGUUUUCUAAAGAAAGUGAUAUUACUUUGUAUCAAAGUCCCAUUCUAUAAUGACACUUUUAUCAUGUAUGAAGUUUGGUAGCUGCAUAAUUUGUCACUUGGAAUAUAUCCGAACUUUGAUCGAAACUGUUGUAACAAUACCGAACUUUGGAAUUCCUUUUAUCACUUGCACUAUUUGAUAGUGUAUUUUAAAGGUG